AUGGCGCGUGAUAGACUAGCAGCUAUGCGAGUGAGUGACCGAGCAGCACAUCAGGCUUGACGUCGCACGGGCGGUGGCUGUUGCGCAACAUGGUGUAUGCGCUCGAUUGGUGUAGGAUCACGAGCAUCUCUGGUGUCAUUACGGUCGCGUGCUCGGCAUGGCAUCGAACCGCGGCCAAAUGUGGCUCUUCCUAUCGCGAUGCUCACACUCUGCAUCCGCUCUUGACGCAGGCUCAGCAGGGAGCUGGAGGCGCUGGUUACGGAGGCUACGGCGGCCAACAGCAAGGAGCUGGUAACAAUGGCUACGGGUGAGCAUCGCCAAAUCAAAAGGCGCGCGCCCGGGACCGUCUGCUUAUCAUCUUUCUCGCCACGCUCCAAACCACCAUUAGCGACCACUCAUACCCGCAACAGAGCGGCGGCGGAGGCUACGGCCAGCAGAACUACAGUCAAGGUGGUUACGGUCAGCAGCAGGGCUAUGGCCAGCAGCAAGGCUACGGAGCAGGUGGAUACGGCCAGCAGCAACAACAACCUGCUUACGCUCCUCCGGCGCAGAACGACGCAUACGAGAUGCAGGGCAUUGGUCAGCAGGGUGGUGGCUACGCACAGCCACCCGUAGUGGGACCAUCGGACACGAAUCAAUUCUUUGCAGAGAUUGACGAUGUGCGCGAUACGAUGAGGCAAGUGGAGAACAAUGUCGCACGGAUCGCCGACCUGCACUCGAGGAGCCUCAACAACAUGGAUGAACAAUCUUCUCAGCAAGCCAAAGCGCAAUUGGACCAGUUGACGCAAGAGACUAGCAGAUUGACGAAUGCCGUCAAGAACCGCAUCCGCAACCUUGACGCUCAGACUGCCAAGCUGCCGGAGAGCGGAGAAAAGAAUGUGCGCAAAACCCAAGUGGGCGUGCAAAAGGGCGCAUUCAAGGAGCUCAUUCAGCGUUACGUCCAGGUGGAGAAUGACUACAAGAAAAAGACGCGCGCGAGAGCAGAGCGCCAGUACAGGAUCGUCAAGCCGGACGCCUCUCCCGAAGAGGUGCGAGCAGCGGUAGAGGAUGAGUCGGGCGGACAAAUCUUUUCGCAAGCUCUGCUCAACUCGAAUCGACAUGGCGAGGCUCGCGGAGCUCUGCGCGAGGUUCAAGCCAGACACGACGAGAUUCUCAAGAUUGAGAGGACGAUUACAGAGUUGGCGCAGCUGUUCAACGAGAUUGACACGCUGAUCACGGAGCAAGGAGAGCAGAUCAACCAGAUCGAGCAGUCUGCCAUGACGACGGAGAUGGACAUGAAGCAAGGAACGGAGCAGACUGGCAAAGCCGUCGUGUCUGCGAGAAAAGCUAGGAGAAAGAGAAUCAUUUGCUUCUGGAUCAUCGUCGUCAUCAUCAUUGUGCUGGCCAUCGUCAUCUUCAUUGGCGUGUGCUUUUCUGGCGGAGAGUGGAAAUGCCCACGCUCUGAUCCCGCCCCCGCGCAGAACAGGCGUCGCCAUAUCAUGCCCCUCAUCAGCACGGAGCACCUCGACGUGUGGGAAAUGCGACGCAUGGCCACUGCUUUUGGAGUGGAAUUCCAUUGA